AUGCAUAUUCGAAACGCUGAAGCCAAAGAUAUCCCCGCCAUCCUGGCGCUCUACAAUCAUGCGGUGCGAGAGACGACGGCUGCCUGGACAGGCUGCGAGGAGACGCUGGAGGACCGGGUGAUCUGGUUUGAAGCCAGAAAAAGCCAGGGCUUCCCGGUGAUUGUAGCGGUGGACACACAGGAAAGAGUGGCCGGGUUUGCCAGCUACGGGCCAUUCCGUUCGAAGGAGGGCUACCGGUUCACCGUUGAACAUACGGUUUAUGUCGAUCCAUCAAGGCACAGGCAGGGGAUUGGCAGAAAUCUGAUGUUUCGUAUUCUGGAGAUCGCUGAAGCCGACGGGAUUCACGUUCUUGUCGGGGGCGUCGACGGCGACAACCUCGCUUCUAUCCGUCUCCACGAGGCGCUUGGCUUUGAAGUCACUGGAAGAUUGCCGCAAACGGGCACGAAAUUUGGCCGCUGGCUGGAUCUGGUGUUUCUGACGAAGGUAUUGAGCGAGACGAGAGCGCCUGAAGGCCGGUAG